GCUAAGUGGGCUUUAUUAAUUAAAAGCACACACAAAAACUCCAUCCCACUGACCCUUCUCUUCUGUUAACCAAGAGCUCAUGCCACUGCUCUACUCAGACUCCCCACAAACAGGGAAGAGCUAGGGGAAGAGUUCAAAGAAAGUGAUGGGUUUGGAAUAUCCUCCCAGCUCUCUGAACAACCAACUGGCUCCGUGACAGAAGUCUUCUGCGAACUCGGCCAGGGGGCGGCCACCGCGCAGGGAGCGCUCUCCGCGGCCGCGUGAUCCCGGGGGUGGGGCCGUUUCCAGAACCGGGGCCGACUGCCCACCCCUAGGAGGCCCCAUAUCCAGGGCUAGGCGCCGAGAAGGCCCUCCCUGCAGGCGGAGACAGCUUCAAGAAGUCGACGCCCGGGUCCCGCCGCGGGGCCAGUACUUAGACGCUGCCGCCUUGUCAAAUUCCUACGGCCGCCGCGGUGCGGGGCAUGGGACUCUGAUGGCCAUGGCAGGCUACUGGGGCUUCCUGGUGCUGCUGGUGUCGGCGCUGCUCGUGGGCUUCCUGUCGGUGAUCUUCUCCCUCAUCUGGGUCCUCCACUACCGGGAGGGUCUCGGCUGGGACGGGAGCAGCCUCCAGUUUAACUGGCACCCGGUGCUCAUGGUCACGGGCUUCAUCUUCGUCCAGGGCAUCGCCAUCAUCGUAUACAGACUGCCAUGGACCUGGAAAUGCAGCAAGCUCCUGAUGAAAUCCAUCCACGCAGGGUUAAAUACCGUUGCUGCCAUUCUUGCAAUUACCUCCCUGGUGGCUGUGUUUGAGAACCGCAAUGCCCAGCAUAUCCCCCAUCUGUACAGUCUGCACGGCUGGGUGGGACUGAUAGCUGUCAUAUUCUAUGUCUUACAGCUUCUCGUAGGCAUUUUGAUCUUUCUGCUUCCUUGGGCUCCACUCUCUCUUCGAGCAUUUCUCAUGCCCAUACAUGUUUAUUCUGGACUUCUCAUCUUUGGAACGGCAAUUGUAACAACACUUAUGGGAGUGACGGAGAAACUGGUUUUUGCCCUGAGAACUCCUCCAUACAGUUCCUUCCCACCAGAAGGUGUUUUCGCAAAUACCCUUGGCCUUCUAAUUCUGGUGUUCGGGGCCCUCAUUUUUUGGAUAGUUUCCAGACCACAAUGGAAACGUCCUAAAGAACCAAAUUCUACCCGUCUUCAGCCAAAUGGAGACACUAUAGAGGGAGCGGGAGUCUCCAUGACAACCAACUAUGGCAACACAAUGGACAAAUCAGAUUCAGAAUUAAACAAUGAAGCAGCAGCAAGGAAAAGAAAUUUAGCCCUUGAUGAGGCUGGACUGAGAUCCACCAUGUGAAACGGUGUGGAGACGUAUGUAUUUAGCUUCUAUUUAGCCAUAAAGUAAUCAAGCUACGAUUUUUUUUUUAAUGAUAAAGGAAGAUUUCUUGGAAGAUUUGAAUUGAUUGAGGCCUAUGAACUUACCUGAAUUGGAAAGGUUGUGCUCAGUAUAAACAGUAGCAGAUACAAAUUGGGGUUAUGUUACCUCUUUCUUGUUGAGGACCAAAGCAUUAGCACAGUGCCUUGUGCAGAACCGGUGCUCAAAAUGUGUCUAUUAGUUGGUUAAUUUGAUGAACUGGCAGCAUCCCUAGCCUCUGCUUAGGCAGUCAUUUCCUGUUAAUUCUGAGAGCCCAGUGAUUUCGGAACCAGGUAUAACUUGUCCUAAAGUUUUAAAAUCAGAUUGUGAGGAUCUGGGACAGGGUUUAGACCAUGUUGCUACACAGAUAUCCUGGUUAGAAUAUAGGGGAAAAAUUAGGAAAGUAUCUAGCCCCUUUCUCUCCAGCCCUGGUUUCUGUUCCUUCCCCACUUGUUUGGGUUUGCGUUAGCCUUGAAGACCAGGGUUUAUAUAAGGAUAUUUUGGAGCAGUGCCCAGACCAUAGGUUGUUGAAGAGAUCUCUGGUCAGCCUGACUUAGAUUUUCUAAAACUCAACUUAGUUCCAAGACUUCCCUGGGGUUGGGAUGCUUUAGGACCCAGAUUCUGAUCUUCUUAGAAUAAAAAUACACCUAUAUAAGCAGCAAAACUGCUCUACCAAUCUUAAAGAGUACUUUUUCCUAAGUUUCUGUUCUUAUUUUUAGAAGUUCUUACAUGGAACUAUGAGCCAGACACUCUUUUAGUGCCUUACAGAUAUUGUUAAGUCUCAGUCCUCAGACACACCUGAUGAGGUAGAUGUUAUUAUUCCAUUUUAUAGGUGAGAAAUCUGAAGGGUGGGGAGACAGAUAAUUCAACCCAAGGUGACAUAGCUCAUACAUGGCUGAACUGAGAUUCAAACCCUGGCGAUCUGGCUGCUUAGUCUGUGAUCAUAACCACUUCACUACGCUACUACUAUUUUUGUCUUGUACUAAUUUGCACCUACAUCAAACCACCCCUGAAUAAACCUCAAUUGACUGGU